UCUUUGACUUAUUCGGAAACUGUUUUCCUUGGCAUUUAGUGUUAUUUAAGGAAGUUUUAAGAACACAUAAACACGAGAAUUCUUUAAUAGCCAUAAGAGACCUCAUUGGACACAAUAUACCAAAAUGAUUGAAAUGAUUAACGAACCCAUACCCGAGGUGGAUAUGUUGAAAGUGGCGACAAACGCAGAUGUACAGCGUAGGGCUAUUCUCGGCUUUGCCCCACGGAUCGGAAUGGUCAUUGUCGACUACGAUGAUCUGGACAGGAUCGACAACUUCUAUUUGCAGUGCCAGAAGUAUCGGGACUACUAUCGCGAUCCACACCACAAAAUGCACAAGCCCACUCGCUUCCGGCAACACCAGGGCAAGUGUGGCAUUAGACUGGACCGGAGUGUAGAGGAACUGACCCAGCCGAUCCGUUGGGUUGAGGAACGCAAGCCUGUGGUCUAUCCAGAGGUCAGGAGUGCCAGCAUGCGGCUUGGCGUUCCGUUAAUGCCCCAAAUUCUAGGUCGCUACGACAAAUGCACCUCCAUGGCCUACAAACGCUAAGAAAUCGAUUUGGAUCCUGGCUAGAAGUGUUCGCUUGGGGUCUGGGUUCCUUUGGGAAAGUUUCGAGAAUUGAUUUUUGAUAUAUCUAUCGGGUCGAACUUGAGGCAGUCUCAGAGAAUCUCAAACCUUAAGCAAACUCAUUAUUUUAUUCAAAUUUAUGUGUAUUCACACGACUACACUAGUGAAAUAUGUGACAAAUAUAGUCUUAAUACAAGUAA